UUGGCUCCCCAGGGGUAAGGGCGGGGGGGGCGCGGCGUUACUAGGAGACGCUCUUGUGUGACCCCAGUCUCGCGAGGGCAGCUCGGUGUCAUCGACGCUGGCCUCGGGAACCUGCCUCUGGGAAGCAGCCCGCGUGCAGAAAGGGGACACCUGGUUUGGGAACGCUGAGAUGCCGAUUUGGGGCCCAUUAGAGACUUCUGAAUCCUUUGGAUUCCCAAAUGUGAGUGGGAAAUAGUAGAGGCUAUUCGCUUCUUCCCAGCGCGCCGAGGACUAGAGGCGUCUGGCUGGGGAAGGCUGACUCAGACGAGGCCCCGUUUAAGAACGAAAACGCCUAGGACAGUGAAAGCUAGCUUCAUAAUUCCGUCAGUCCACAAACUUGGGAACUAGACAAAAGCCUUGCACCGUGAUUUUCCAUUCGAGUGCAGGAAUUGCCACCGGGGCCCUCUUUUCAGAGGAGGAAACUUUCUGAGAUCCGAGAGGAGAUAGGGGAUGAGCUUUCUGGGUGGGGAAAAGAGCAAGGAAAGGUUCGAAUGGAGGAAACAGCGAGAAGGCCAUGUGGCUGCAGCAGAAAGAGCAAGUGUUACACAAGUGGCAGGGCCUGAGAAAGCAGGGCCUUUCCGGCCGUGUCUGAAGAUGACAACAGCAACACGACAAGAAGUUCUUGGCCUCUACCGCAGAAUUUUCAGGCUCGCGAGGAAAUGGCAGGCGGCAUCAGGGCAGAUGGAAGACACCAUUAAAGAAAAACAGUACAUAUUAAAAGAAGCCAGAACACUGUUCCAGAAAAACAAAAAUCUCACAGACACAGACCUGAUUCAGCAGUGUAUAGACGAGUGCACGGCCAGGAUUGAAAUCGGACUGCAUUACCAGAUUCCUUAUCCAAGGCCAAUUCAUCUGCCUCCAAUGGGCCUUACCCCAUUACAAGGUCGGGGACUUCGAAGACAGGAGAAACUGAGGAAACUUGCCAAACCGGUAUAUCUCAAGUCUCAUGAUGAAAUUUCCUAACCCAGGAGAAAGUUUAUUUCUGAGAAUGAUGAGCCAACUAGGCCUAAAAUGUAAAACAGAUGACAAAACCUUUCUCCUUGAUUAGGGGCAAAAAAAUUCAGGUAUCUUCUAAAAACCUCCCAGAUAUUGGAACUUACCCUGAUGUGUGCCUACGUGUUCCUAGAGUUUGCCAGGAUCUUUGCUGCCUAAGUGGAUGAUAUAAACCCUACAGGUCAUGGACCUUUGAAGCCUUACUGAAGUCAUAUUUUGAAACAAAAUAUGUGGAAGGAAGGGUGAAGGGUAAUAAAGGUUUUCAUGGGAACGCCCUUAGCCACACAUGCCAGCUGAUUCAGAGAAAUUAGCCGAUUGCUAAUUAUGGCUACUAUGAAAACGUAUAGCACACUCAGAAUUAUUUUAAAUUUUCUUUUCAAAUUAUAGAUUUGCUUAAAACUAGGCUUUUUUGUGUGUUGUCUUUCGACCCUUCCAAAUUCUAGAUAAACUCUUAAAAGGUAUAUCAUUCUAUGGUUUUUCAUGGAAAUUUUAUGAGACCCAUUACCCGCCCCGUAAAUGAAAGUGCAUGUCUUAGUUAAAUGCUUAUGUUUACCUAAUCUUAAAGCUUGUGAUUACUUAGUAUGCUGAUCUGGAAAGCACUUAAAACUCAUAUCGUAUUCAUCAUAAGUAUUUUACCUUAACAUAAUUGAAAAGUACAAGAGCCAAGCUGGCUUUCAAAUUAUGUGUAAACAUAAAUGGGAAAAGUAAAGACCGAAACACAAAGAAUUUAUACCUCUGUAAUAUGUGGAAUCAAGGGAGAGUCCCAUGGCAAGUCUGUACAUCAGUGCUGUUGCCUUUGACCUCCAAAGACGACAAGCAUCAACAAUAAAGACAAAUGUCUAUCGGUUUUGGUCUCCGUGUUCUUUUCCGUAAUGGCCUUCUGACCCUCAGAAACAGCAGUUGGUACUACCCUUGUCCCACAGAUCCUCUCCUUCAAAAUAUGUCUUGUAUUUCAGUCUCAAAAACCUGCGCCUGUGAGCAGAAGGAUACUUUUUUUCCAUGCUCUGCAUUAAGUAUUGUAGGGUUGGGC